AAGAGACCUUCUCCAAACGAAAGUUGUUCGUCGUGGGCUCGAGCAGAUGAAAAAGUUGCGAGGAAAGAACGAAGGGUUCGAGGGCGGCGGUGGUAAAUCCCAAGGAAAGAGGAGGGCAGCGGUUAAAGUCUAAAACCGUCGGGGCGAGAUAGGCGGAUGGCGUGUGUGCCGGGCCGCGCCGGAAGUCGCGUGUCGACGUCGACCAUGCCACCACCGUACCGCCGUUCUGUCGCCCCCACCUUGGUGGGGUAGCGUUCUCGACUUCGCCGCUGCUACCACCACCGGUCUACCGCAUUUUCUUAGGCACCGACACACCGGGUGAGCCGGUUAGGCGUGCACGCGUCGUUGCAACCUGGCUGAACCACCACGUUCGUACCGUUACCCCCGAGGUUUCGCGCGGUGGCGUGACAGUGAUUGGUCGAUCCUGGUUUCCCAGCGAGAGGGUCGAGGGAAAGGCAACCCUCGCGAGCCUACGCUACGUAACGUCUUCAGAAUCGCCAGGAUAAACGCGCCGUUAACACGCGCGACGUGCGCCUCGCUCGGCGUCGAACGCCACGGAGGAAAGUCUCUUCGAUUCGGUCGAGUUGCAUUGUUUUCGUCAGUGACUGGUUGAUUCCGCGGGGAGUCGCGACGUCGCGGUUACCAUUAACAUGUCGGGGCUUGACGAUGAGAGACCCACGUACGAGGUACCAUGAGCAGCAAUAGCAAGAAAACGUCGGGCGGGAAGGACGAGAAGAAAAGCCCCUCGAGCAAAGAGGAGAGCCCCGUGUCCGCGAAAGAUGACGCCGGAGGAUCGUCGUCGACGGGAAGCGCCGGCGGGGGAGCGGCCGCGGAGGGAACGCAGCCCGGGAGCAAACCGGGAUCGGCAGGGGCUACCACCAGGGAAGCCGCGCAAAAGCUCCUCGGGGUUGCCGCGCGCGGAGAAUGGGCACCGGUGGACCAGCUGCUCAAAUCUAUGGAGAAGGCGGUGCAGAACGUCGGGGAGGAUGGGACCGUGGCCCCUCUGACCAGCGUCAUGGACCCGGCAACGGGCAUGACGCCCUUGAUGUACGCCGUGAAGGACAAUCGUACCGCGUUGCUGGAUCGGAUGAUCGAGCUGGGGGCAGACGUGAGCGCCCGAAACAACGACAAUUACAAUGCUCUGCACAUCGCGGCCAUGUACUCCAGGGAGGACGUCGUCAAGUUGCUGUUGUCCAAACGGGGAGUCGAUCCGUACGCCACAGGAGGGCCCAGGCAGCAAACCGCCGUGCAUCUGGUUGCAUCGAGGCAAACUGGCACUGCGACGUCGAUUCUUCGGGCGUUAUUGGCCGCCGCCGGACGCGACAUCAGAUUGAAAGUCGACGGGAAAGGGAAGAUUCCUCUGCUGUUGGCGGUGGAGGCUGGGAACCAGUCGAUGUGUCGUGAGCUGCUGGCUCAACAGGCACCGGAUCAGCUACGCGCCACCACCCCCACGGGAGACACCGCGCUUCAUCUGGCUGCCAGAAGAAGGGACAUCGAUAUGGUGCGGAUAUUGGUGGACUACGGAGCGACGGUGGACAUGCAAAACGGCGACGGACAAACUGCGCUGCACAUUGCGAGCGCCGAGGGCGACGAGACCCUCGUCAAGUAUUUCUACGGGGUGAGGGCCUCGGCGUCCAUCACCGAUCACCAGGAUCGAACUCCCAUGCAUUUGGCGGCGGAGAACGGACACGCUUCCAUAAUCGAACUACUCGCCGACAAGUUCAAAGCCAGCAUAUUCGAGAGAACGAAGGACGGGUCCACCCUCAUGCACAUAGCCUCGUUGAACGGGCACUCGGAGUGCGCGACGAUGCUCUUCAAGAAGGGCGUUUAUUUGCAUAUGCCGAACAAGCGGGGCGCUAGGUCGAUCCACACGGCGGCCAAGUACGGCCACGUUGGCAUCAUAAGCACUCUGCUGCAACGGGGAGAAAAGGUAGACGCGACGACGAAUGACAAUUACACGGCGCUGCACAUAGCCGUGGAGAACGCGAAGCCCGCGGUGGUCGAGACUCUGUUAGGGUACGGCGCUGAGGUUCACGUGAGGGGUGGAAAGCUGCGGGAAACUCCGCUUCACAUAGCGGCCAGAGUCCCGGACGGCGACAGGUGCGCGUUGAUGUUGCUGAAAUCCGGAGCCGGACCGAAUCUGACCACCGACGACGGCCAGACGCCCGUGCACGUGGCAGCGAGCCACGGGAACCUGGCGACGUUGUUGCUGCUCCUCGAGGACGGCGGAGAUCCCAUGUACAAGUCCAAGAACGGCGAGACGCCGCUGCACUUGGCCUGCAGAGGGUGCAAGGCGGACGUGGUGCGGCACUUGAUCGAAUUCGUGAAGGAGAGGAAGGGUCCGGAAACGGCGACCUCCUACGUCAACAGUUUGACAAACGAGGGCGCGAGCGCUCUACAUUACGCCGCUCAGAUCGAACCGACGGAAGUGAGGACACCCGGCAGCGACCGUGCGGUCGUUCGAGCCCUCCUGGAGGGCGGGGCGGACGUCUCGCUGCAAACGAAACAGGCUCAGGAGUCGGCGUUCCAUUAUUGCGCGCUGGCCGGCAACAACGAGGUUCUGUCGGAAAUGAUUAGUGGUAUGUCGGCGACCGAGGUGCAAAAAGCCUUGAACCGUCAGAGCUCCGUGGGCUGGACGCCGUUGUUGAUCGCCGCGCAUCGCGGUCACAUGGAGCUGGUCACCACGCUGCUGGCGAAUCACGCGAGGGUGGACGUGUUCGACCAAGACGGACGAUCCGCUCUCCACUUGGCCGCCGAGCACGGCUACCUUCAAGUCUGCGACGCGCUGCUCGCGAACAAAGCGUUCAUAAACUCGAAGUCGAGGGUCGGCAGGACCGCGUUGCACCUGGCGGCGAUGAACGGCUACUCGCAUCUGGUAAAGUUCCUCAUACAGGACCACGGGGCCGCGAUCGACGUUCUCACGCUGAAGAAGCAGACGCCGCUCCACUUGGCGGCCGGUGCCGGCCAAUUGGAGGUGUGCAAGCUACUGCUGGAGCUCGGGGCGAGCAUAGACGCGACCGACGACCAAGGCCAAAAGCCGAUCCACGCCGCGGCUAUGAACAAUUACGCCGAAGUGGCUCAGCUGUUUUUGCAGAGGCACCCGAGUCUGGUGAUGGCGUGCACCAAGGACGGUAACACCUGCGCUCACAUAGCGGCGAUGCAGGGCAGCGUACGCGUGAUCGAGGAGCUAAUGAAGUUCGACCGGCAAGGUGUCAUCUCGGCGAGGAACAAACUGACCGAGGCGACGCCGCUUCAGCUGGCGGCCGAGGGAGGACACGCCGAGGUGGUCAAGGCGCUGGUUAGGGCAGGUGCGUCCUGCGCCGACGAGAAUCAGGCGGGAUUCACCGCGGUCCACUUGGCCGCGCAAUACGGCCACGGUCAGGUACUCGAAGUGAUGAGAUCCUCCCAGUCGCUUCGCAUAUCCAGCAAGAAGCUCGGCGUCACGGCCCUUCACGUCGCCGCUUACUUCGGUCAAGCUGACACCGUUCGAGAGUUGCUCACACACGUGCCGGGAACGGUAAAGUCCGAUCCCCCGACCGGUGGAUCGCUCGUAGGGGAACUGGGAUCCGAGUCUGGCAUGACACCGUUGCAUCUGGCCGCCUAUUCCGGAAACGAGAACGUCGUGCGGCUGCUGUUGAACUCGGCCGGCGUUCAGGUGGAGGCGGCGACCACCGAGAACGGUUUCAAUCCGCUUCACUUGGCAUGCUUCGGCGGCCACAUCACGGUAGUGGGCCUGCUCCUGAGCAGAUCGGCGGAACUGCUGCACAGCUCGGAUCGGUACGGGAAAACCGGUCUGCAUAUAGCCGCGACUCACGGCCACUACCAGAUGGUCGAGGUCCUCCUCGGCCAGGGGGCCGAAAUAAACGCGACCGACAAAAACGGCUGGACGCCGCUGCAUUGCGCCGCUCGCGCCGGUUAUCUCGAUGUUGUUAAAUUGCUGGUGGAGAGCGGUGCCUCGCCGAAGAGCGAGACCAAUCUCGGGAGCGCGCCGAUUUGGUUCGCCGCCUCGGAGGGCCACAACGACGUGCUCAAGUAUCUCAUGGAGAAGGAACACGAUACGUACGCCCUGAUGGACGAUAAGAGGUUCGUCUAUAACAUGAUGGUCUGCAGUAAGAGCAACAACAACAAGCCGAUCGAGGAAUUCGUGCUGGUGUCACCGGCACCGGUAGACACGGCCGCGAAGCUUUCCAACAUCUACAUGAAACUGUCGGAGAAAGAGAAGGAGAGAGCAAAGGAUUUGAUAGCCGCGGGUAAACAAUGCGAGGCGAUGGCCACGGAACUGUUGGCCCUCGCCGCGGGCGCCGACUCGGCUGGACGGAUCCUCACGUCGAUGGACCGAAGGAACGUGGAAUUCCUGGACGUUCUGAUCGAGAACGAGCAAAAGGAGGUGAUCGCGCACACGGUGGUGCAGCGAUACCUGCAGGAAUUGUGGCAGGGCAGCCUGAACUGGAACGCCUUCAGGACGAUUCUAUUGUUCAUCGCGUUCGUCGUUUGCCCGCCCGUCUGGGUGGUGUUCGCUCUGCCCCUCGGUCACAAGUACAACAACGUUCCCAUUAUAAAGUUCAUGUCGUACCUCACGUCUCACAUUUAUCUGAUGGUCUUCCUUUUGCUGGUUGGUAUAAUUCCUAUAUACCCGGUGGUGAGGGCCAGCCUUCUGCCUUACUGGUACGAAUGGUGUCUGCUCGUGAUGCUGUCCGGGCUGUUGCUCUUCGAGCUGACCAACCCGAGCGACAAGAGCGGCCUGGGAUGGAUCAAGCUGGCGGUGCUGCUUUUCGGCGUGUUCGGUGUCGCGUUCCAUCUGAUGGGAUUCGUGAUCGUUCAACGACCCUACUGGCCGACACUGCUCUAUCUGAGAAACCAAUUGUUCGCGCUUAGCUUCUUGCUGGCGUGCGUGCAAAUCCUCGACUUCCUGUCGUUCCAUCAUCUUUUCGGACCGUGGGCAAUCAUCAUCGGCAACCUGAUGAAGGAUCUGGCGCGGUUCCUCGCGGUGCUGGCCAUCUUCGUGUUCGGGUUCUCGAUGCACUUUGUCGCGCUGAACCAAGCGUUCAAGAACCAGUCGAUUCAGGAGGCUCGUAUCGAGGACAGAAAGAAGAAGGGCGCCUUCCACGACGAUUUGUUCGCCAAUGUUACGGAAUGGAUGAUGGAGACGCCGUCGACGGCGCCUCCUCGUCGCUACGGCCGCUACAAGAAAAAGAAUGAGUGUUGUGACGAUAGCUCCCGAGAUAUCAGGAUGAGUCCCGUACUGGCCGUUGAGUUAUUGUUCUUCGCCAUCUUCGGUCAGACGACCCACGAACUAUUCAAGGUUGACUCAUCAAUGCAGCCCGAGUGGACCACGGUUCUCUUCAAACUCACCUUCGGUAUUUAUAUGCUGGUUUCGGUGGUCGUGCUGAUUAAUCUGCUAAUCGCCAUGAUGAGCGACACUUACCAACGGAUACAAGCUCAGUCCGACAUCGAAUGGAAGUACGGAUUGAGUAAGCUCAUUAGGAACAUGCACAGGACAAGCACAGCGCCAUCGCCGCUGAAUCUACUUACCACCUGGUUGGCAUAUUUGUACAAGCUAUGCAAGAAACGCGCCGUGAAUAAACAACGACCGUCCAUCGUCCGUUUGAUGGGAUUGCAGAGAACCGACACGCUCUCACCGCGUACCAGAAUGGGCGCCAAGUGGCUGUCCAAAGUGAAAAAGACCCAGGUGGGCCACAAGGACAGCGUCGCCCUAUCGGUCGUUCACCUGAGCCCCCUUGGCAGUCAGCUGUCGUUCAGUAACGCCGUCAGAAUCGACAACGUCGUUGACUGGGAGGCGGUCAGACGAAAGUACCGAGAUCUCUACGACGAAAAGAUCGAUAAGCAUACAGAGGAAUCGAAAGAGUCUGCGGAACCAGAGACCGUGUCGGCAACUAUGGAAAGCCAGUUGGUCGUUGUUCCUGUCGGGAACCAGGCUGCGUCCGCCAACUUCCCCUGAACCGAUCGAUCUCUGCGACAACCAGUCACGGCCAAUUUAACCAUUAGUUUUCCAACAUUGAUAUGUACACUCUCGUCUCGUAUGAUCUUUCUUAUCAAAAUAAACGACCAAACCGAUCGGAUCGUUUUGUGGUUCUACCAUUGAUCGCGCACCUCUCACCUUUUUGUCGCGCCACGAUGUAACAUGAUUAUCGUUUCAACCAUGUUUUAGGCAACGAUACCGAGGAAACGAUAUCUUUCACCAAUAAACCGAUGAAUCGACAAUCUGAUUCCUUAAUAAAGUGAACCCCUCGUCCGGCAGUGCCAGGAUCUUCUCGAGACCGAAUUUUUUACGAGAGCAAGAGCGUUAUUCUGCCAAACGAUCAGCUUCCUAUCGAUCAGAACACGCAUUCUGCAUCGCUCAAUCACGAUAUCUUGUAUUUCGAUAUCAUAAAUGCCGAUUCGACUGUCACUCAUACGCCGUUUAAAACGUUCGAAAUUCACUGUCGAUCAUUCACGUCAUACAUUCUAUCCCCGAUUCAUCUAUCGUCGUCCAUAUCCUCUGGUUCUCCUUUUCAUUUCCAUCGCACGUGCUACGCCUUACGGCGCAUAUCUCUUUCUUUCCGUCGACGCAAAGCUGUGCAAAAAUGUACGUAUAGCAUUUUAAAACACGAUGGAACAAUUGUACAUUUGAAACAGAGACCGUGCACGUUCGUUUUAAUCAGCUCUGGGUCGACGACAUUCAUUGUUACGAUUGGAUCGCUACGAUCGAAACGAAGAUCGACGCAGACGCGAAUCGCACUACUUAGAC